UUGUACCCGGACCACAGCGCGACUGCUUUCUUCCAAUCGCCAAUCCUUCAACACUCAACCCAGGCCGAGCAGGACUGCAACCGGAGGCAGCCAGCGCACUCUCUACGAAAAUACUUCGUGCCCCCUAUCUGCGUAACCUUUUCACACGCAAUGCUGCAAGGCCCUGUCUACUGCUACAGCUGCUAGUCGACCUGCCAUGGACUCGUUCAAGACGCUCCAAGAUUCCAUCUCCGCCGCCCUAAAGUCCACUACCCACUCCGCAACACGCAUCAGCGGCGCCGAUCUUGCAUUCCAGAGGUCGCUGAACCCUGACGCUGGCGAUGCACUCGACGGCCAGAAUGCGCGGCUUCUUCGACUCGCGCAGCGCCUUCUGGAAAAUGCUGCAGCGAGCCCGGACGCUGUAGGUCCCACGCUUUCCGAUGUCGAAUCCAUAGACAACAAUUGGCGGGCCGUGGUUGAUGUCAUCGACAGCUUGCUUGAGAAGGCCGAUACUAGCCUGGAUGAGUACACUGGUGUUGUAAAGCGCCUAAGUCCUGGAGCUGAUCUGGCUAUGCCAGCCGCCAAAACCCGGCCGAACCCUGCCAGACCCCAAGACAAAUUCAUUGACAAGCCACAACUGUCCUUCAUACAUAAACCAAUGAACAAUGAGACUGGUGGCUUCAGGCCUCUCAUGUCCACAAAACCUCACGCCCAAGUUCCUCUGGCGGAAUGCUUGAAGACGUUCAAGGAUUCCCAUGGUCGGGAACAAUAUCCUCAUCCUUAUCAAACCGAAAUCGAAAAAUACGAGUACCCGUCUACGCUGUACGAACAGUCGACACCCAUACCGUACCAGCCAUUUGAAAAGACAUCCGCCACAUAUGUCGACACCCCGGAAGCUGUAGCGCUGAUGUUGGCUGAGCUAAAGACUGCCCGAGAGAUUGCCGUUGAUCUGGAACACCACGACAGUCGGACCUACAUUGGCAUGGUUUCGUUAAUGCAGAUCAGCACUCGUGAUAAAGACUGGAUUGUCGAUACUUUGAAACCAUGGAGGAGGCAGCUCGAAUGUUUGAACGAGGUCUUUGCGGACCCAAACAUACUCAAAGUUUUGCAAGGUGCCUAUAUGGAUAUCAUAUGGCUCCAGCGAGAUCUAGGAUUGUACGUUGUUGGUCUGUUCGACACUUAUCAUGCGGCUCGCGCACUCGGCUAUCCGUCAGCCGGCCUGGGUUAUAUGCUCGACAAAUUCGUCAACUUCAAGGCGCAAAAGCAACACCAGUUGGCUGACUGGCGGGUGCGACCACUCACGCCAGAAUUGUUCGACUAUGCCCGGGCUGAUACUCAUUUCCUUCUCUACAUAUUCGACAACAUCCGGAAUGAAUUGGUGGAAAAGUCAAAUUUCGAAGAUCCGGAAAGGAACAAAGUCGACUACGUCCUCCAAAAAUCCAAAGAGGUUGCACUGCAACGCUAUGAACACCCUGUUUACGACAUCGAGUUUGGUAGCGGUCGGAGUGGCUGGUACAAUGUCCUAACGAGGGUAUCGGUCCAGUUCGAUCCUCAGCAAUUUGCCGUCUUUCGAGCAGUGCAUAAAUGGAGGGAUGACUUGGGACGAAAGGAGGACGAGAGCCCGCUGUUCAUCUUGCAGAAUCAUGGUCUUUUGUCCAUCAGUAGAGCCAUGCCGGAGGACAAAGCCACUCUGAUCAGCACUAUCCAGCAUGUCUCACAUAUCCUGCGUCCAAACAUGGAUAGCCUUGUUUCGGUGAUACGGGAAGCAAAGUCGGAGGGCCUCCACGGACCAGAUAUGAAUGUAACACUACAACGUAUCUCAGAUAAGCGGGACGCGGAACGGGAAAAGAACCUGCAGCAACGGGCGCAAUCUGCAUCAACUCCUGUGAAGGCCACACCGGUAGUGUCCAAGCCUACACCCCUUGGUUUCACUGCCCAGCACCCUCCCAGUUUCGUUGCCGGCGAAACUCCGAGGGCUACGAAUUCGCAAUUCUGGGGCUCAUUGUGGUCUAACAAACCUAAUGAGCAGCGGAGAUCCUUCUCUUCACAGGACAUCAACUUGGCUCUACCCCUACCACCGCUCACAGCCGAGAUUUUUGCCGACAACAAACACAUUGAAGAGCCGUCACCAAGUCUGACCAAGCUAACAUUCAUUCCUAAAGACGAGAGGCCGGCGGAGGAUGAGCGAACUGACAUAUUUGUCGUCAAGCAGCUCGGCGGUCGGAAACGUAAGCUUGGGGAGGCGGCAGAAGAGUCUGCCGAGACUUCUACACUAGACCCUAUGGUUGACGACGAGAUCAUGCUUGACGAGGAAGACUCGGACGCGAUCAAACGGAAAGAAAAGGCUGCAAGGAAGGCAGCAAAGAAAGCAAAGAAGGAGAAGGAGCGGGCAGCUGCACUGGACUACGACAACGAGGACGACGAGGUAUUCGAUUACGCGAACGCCCCUAGCGUGUUGCACGCUCGCGAUGCGGAGAGGAAGACUGGUAAAAAGGACAGAAAAGACAAGAAGAAAGACGCCUCCUUCAACCCAUAUGCUAAGCUUGCCGAUGUUCCUAAGGGCAUGGCUCGCUCGCAGAAGGAGAAGUCUGGCAAGAGCAAAACGUUCAACUCGUGA